AUGGAUGCCUCAGAUAGGACAUUCUCAGAUAUAGUGGGUUUAUUGAAAUCGUGGAUCCCCGGACGGUCUGAGCCGGCUAAGAUGUCCAGGGUUUUUUGGAUGCCGGAUCAGAGCUGUAGAGUGUGCUAUGAAUGUGACUCACAGUUCACCUUGUUCAACCGUAGGCACCACUGUCGACUUUGCGGCCGGGUUUUCUGUGCCAGGUGCACUUCAAACUGGAUCCCCACAACGUCUAGUGACCCGAAGACACCACAAGAAGACUGGGAUAAGGUUAGGGUCUGCAAUUUCUGUUUUACGCAAUGGGAACAUGGAUCGAUGGGGACAGUUGAUAAUGGGAUACACGUUGCCACCCUGGACCUUAAUACUACUUCUCCUUCAGAAACUAGUUUUAUUAGUACAAGGUCUAGUGGAACCUGUGACAGUAGUAACAUUACAUUUUCAUCAAUGCCAGAAUCAACUGGACUUAGCCCACAUCAAUCAGAAGCAGCAAUGGAAAAGACUACACAAAGGAAAAGUGUUGCAGCAGCAAGGAAGAAAGAGAAUGCUGUAGACAUAAUAGAACGGAAUCAGUCUCUUGACCAAUUUGAAUUUUGUGCAAACAGGAGUGAUGCUGAUGAUGAAGAAUUUGGAGUUUAUCAUUUAGAUUCCGAAAGAAGGCAUUUUCCCCAGUUUAAUGGCUACUAUGAUCCGGUUGAGUUUGAUGAUAUUGACAAUGACUACGAAUCACGUAAUGUGCAUCCUGAUGGUGAAGUCGUUGAUAUCGCUUUGUUACAAAAUAGUUUUGAAUCUCCGGCUUCAGAAGUUCACCAGAUUGUGGAAAAAGAAGUUGAACAUGAUAUUGGUGAUGAAUGUGAAAGACCUUCUUUAUGCACAACUAAAGAUGUUGAUGCUGAACCCAUGGAUUUUGAAGACAAUGGAGAUCUCUGGCUCCUUCCUGAACCAGAAGAUGAAGAAGAUGAAAGGGAACGACUUCUUUGUGAUGAUGAAGAUGAUGAGGACCCUACUGGAGAAUGGGGAUAUUUUCGUAAUUCAAGCAGCUUCGGGAGUGGGGAUUAUAGAAGCAGGGACAAAUCUAAUGAGGAACGCAAGAAGGCUAUGAAAAACGUGGUUGAUGGACAUUUCAGGGCUUUGGUAUCUCAGCUUUUGCAGGUGGAGAACCUUCUUUUGGGAGUGGAUAAUGAUAAGGAGUCUUGGUUAGAUAUAAUUACAUCAUUAUCAUGGGAGGCUGCUACAUUAUUAAAGCCUGAUACAAGCAAGGGAGGGCAAAUGGACCCCGGGGGAUAUGUGAAGGUAAAAUGUCUUGCUUCUGGGCGCCGCAGUGAGAGUAUGGUGGUCAAAGGAGUUGUUUGCAAGAAGAAUGUGGCCCAUCGACGGAUGACAUCAAAAAUAGAGAAACCUCGCUUACUGAUCCUUGGAGGGGCUCUUGAGUACCAGCGGGUUUCUAGUGCCCUUUCAAGUUUUGAUACGCUGUUGCAGCAGGAAAUGGAUCAUCUUAAGAUGGCUGUUGCAAAGAUAGAUGUUCACAAUCCUGAUAUUCUUUUGGUGGAGAAAUCCGUUUCACGAUAUGCUCAAGAGUACCUUCUCGCAAAAGACAUAUCACUUGUUCUAAAUCUCAAAAGGCCACUUUUGGAGCGUAUAGCACGCUGCACAGGUGGUCAAAUAGUUCCAUCUAUCGACAAUCUAGCCUCACCGAAAUUGGGAUAUUGUGACAUGUUCCAUGUUGAGAGGUUUUCAGAAGAGCAUGGCACAGCUGAGCAAGCUGGAAAGAAGCUGGCGAAGACGCUGAUGUACUUUGAAGGUUGUCCAAGGCCACUGGGUUGCACUAUAUUACUUCGAGGUGCCAGUGGGGAUGAGUUAAAGAAAGUGAAACAUGUUGUACAAUAUGGAGUGUUUGCAGCUUAUCACUUAGCUUUAGAGACAUCUUUUCUUGCUGAUGAGGGUGCCUCUCUGCCAGAACUUCCAUUAAACUCCCAAAUAACAGUUGCGCUUCCAGACAAGUCAUCAACCAUUGACAGGUCCAUCUCAAUGAUACCUGGUUUUGCAGUCACUGCCAAUGAAAAAACUCUGGGACCUCAAACUGUUGGUGAGCCGCAGAGGUCAAACAGUGUCCACAUUUCAGAUUCAGUUAAGUUCUCAAGUGCUUCUACUCAUGAAAUUAAAAUUCCGCUGACGAGUAACCUUCCUCCUCCUGUGAGCUCCCAGCUCAUCAAACCACUUGUCUCAUCUUAUAUGCAAGGUGUUCAGAAUAUUUCCUUUACCGAGUCCUCUUCUUUUCAUGCAUUAGGAAAAGAAUUCGUACUAGAUUUGAGAAAGUAUUCAGGGGGAGAAACUUCUGAAGCAGUCAGUGUAUUGGAUGCCACAGGAGAUCAUCACAUAGCUGAUAAUGUGGGUAAUUCAAACAUCAAAAGCGUGCAAAAUGCUUGGGAUACUAACCAUAAUAGUUCAAAUCCAUCAGCUUUGCAACCUGAUGGAAAACACAUUGUUGAGGAACAAGCAUUGUUAAAAGACGAGUUUCCUCCAUCCCCUUCUGAUCAUCAAAGCAUCUUGGUUUCCCUAUCAUCACGAUGUAUGUGGAAGGGAACUGUCUGUGAAAGAUCCCAUCUCUUCCGGAUCAAAUACUACGGAAAUUUUGACAAGCCAUUGGGCCGAUUUCUGCGGGAUCAUUUAUUUGAUCAGAGUUAUAGGUGCUGUUCGUGUGAGAUGCCCUCUGAAGCGCAUGUUCAGUGUUAUACUCAUCGACAAGGCACCCUUACGAUCUCAGUUAAGAAACUGUCAGAAAUGCAUUUACCUGGUAAAACAGAAGGAAAGAUUUGGAUGUGGCAUAGGUGCCUGCGGUGUCCACGAAGUAAUGGCUUCCCUCCAGCAACUCGAAGGGUUGUUAUGUCUGAUGCUGCUUGGGGAUUAUCUUUUGGAAAGUUUUUAGAGCUAAGUUUUUCAAAUCAUGCAGCUGCUAGUAGAGUGGCAAGCUGUGGCCAUUCUUUACAUCGAGACUGUCUUCGUUUUUAUGGAUUUGGCCAAAUGGUUGCUUGCUUUCGUUAUGCAUCAAUUGAUGUUCACUCAGUAUACCUUCCUCCCCCAAAACUUGAUUUUAACUAUGAAACGCAGGAGUGGAUGAAACAAGAGCUGAAUAAGGUAGAAGGCUGGGCUGAGCUUUUGUUCUCUGAAGUGCUCAAUGCUAUCUGCCUUUUGGCAGAAAAAAAAUCUGGCUCUGGUUUGCUCAAUAGUGGAGUGAAAUCACCUGAAUCAAGACGCCAGAUAACGUAUUUAGAAGGGAUAUUGCAGAAAGAGAAGGCAGAAUUUGAGGAAACACUCCAGAAAAUUUUGAACAAGGAAUCGAGAAAGGGCCAACCAGUCAUUGAUAUUUUUGAGAUCAAUCGAUUACAAAGACAACUAGUCUUCCAGUCUUAUAUGUGGGACCAUCGCCUGAUAUACGCAGCCAGUUUAGAUAAGAAGGAUGAACAGGAUAAUUUGGAUGUCCCCAAUUCAGAUCCUGUUGAGAAAUCCAUUGGUGUUAAUGAGAACAUUUUUGAUAAAAUCAUCCCUAUUAAGACAGGCAGUCCUGAUUCUGUUUCUGCAGAUGCAAAGCGUGUCAAAAACCAUGAUCAAGGGUUAAGUGAUAGGUACAACAGCCAUCCUAAAGUAGUUCAUCAAAGAACUGGUGUGGGUAUUAACUUCAACCAUGGAUAUGUAAAUCCAUCGACACUUCCUAUUGGGACAAAGGCCUUUGAUGAAUUAGAUCUCCUGGAAUCUAAUGUUGCAGUUCGUAGAACCCUUUCUGAUGGACAAGUCCCUCUUUGUUUAUCAGAUGCUAGUGAUGCAUUGUGGACCGGUGAAAAUCACCCAGGUGUCGGAGUAACUAUGAAUGAUAAGUUACACGAACCAUUUGAAACAAAUUCUUUGACCACCGUUGGAUUGGCAGAAAAGUUGAAUGUGGAAGACCACGAGGAUAAUAUGAGCGUGUCUAAGGUGUCUCAGCUGCCUUCCAUGUUGUCUACUAAAGGCUCUGAUUUUAUGGACGAUACCGUGAGCUGGUUGGGAAUGUCUUUUACAAGUUUCUAUAGAUCAUUAAACAAUCUAUCGGGGACUCAUCAGAAACUGGAUACACUUGGUGUAUACAAUCCAGUGUACAUAUCAUCAUUUGGGGAUUCGGAAUUCCAGGGUGGAGCCAAGUUGCUUCUGCCUUUAGGGGUUAAUGACACUGUUGUUCCAGUCUAUGACGAUGAACCCACAAGUAUUAUAUCUUAUGCACUUGUGUCACCUGAAUAUCUUGUCCAGCUGUCUGAUGAGCUUGAGAGACCAAAGGACACUGCAAACUCAAUGCUUUCUCUGCAGUCCCAUGAUGCUGGGAAUCUUCAAUCCAUUCAUUCCUCUGAUGAAAUGACUUUGGAAUCUUACAGAAGUCUUGGAUCUGGAGAUGAAAAUAUCUCCUCGUUUAGUUCUCAUAGUUCCUUGCCUUUGGACCCAAUCUCAUAUACAAAAGCCUUGCAUGCGAAAGUGUCUUUUGUGGAUGAUGGACUCCCUGGGAAGGUGAAAUACACAGUUACUUGUUACUAUGCAAAGCGUUUUGAUGCCUUGAGGAGAAUAUGUUGUCCAUCCGAGAUGGAUUUCGUCAGAUCUCUUAGUCGUUGUAAGAAGUGGGGAGCCCAAGGUGGUAAGAGCAAUGUCUUUUUUGCAAAAACCUUGGAUGAUCGAUUUAUCAUUAAGCAAGUGACAAAGACCGAGCUGGAAUCAUUCAUCAAGUUUGCUCCUGGAUAUUUUAAGUAUCUUUCCGAAUCAAUUGGCUUAGGUAGCCCAACAUGCCUGGCAAAGAUCCUUGGGAUAUAUCAGGUUACAUCGAAACAUCUCAAAGGAGGGAAGGAAUCAAAAAUGGAUCUGUUGGUUAUGGAGAAUCUUCUGUUCGGAAGAAAUCUGAAACGGCUUUAUGAUCUUAAAGGAUCUUCCAGGUCUCGGUACAAUCCUGAUUCUAGUGGAGGUAAUAAGGUUUUGCUUGAUCAGAACUUGAUUGAAGCUAUGCCUACUUCUCCAAUUUUUGUUGGGAAUAAAGCCAAGAGGUUGUUAGAGAGAGCUGUCUGGAAUGAUACUGCUUUUCUUGCAUCUAUAGAUGUAAUGGAUUAUUCGCUUCUUGUCGGGGUUGAUGAAGAGAACCAUGAGCUUGUUCUUGGGAUUAUUGACUUCAUGAGACAGUACACUUGGGACAAGCAGCUGGAGACUUGGGUGAAGACAUCUGGCAUACUUGGUGGCCCCAAGAAUAUUUCCCCAACAGUAAUUUCUCCAAAGCAAUAUAAGAAGAGGUUCAGGAAAGCAAUGACUACCUAUUUUCUGAUGGUUCCCGAUCAAUGGUCACCUCCUACAAUCAUUCCUAGUAUGUCGCAGACUGAUUUAUACGAAGAGAAUGCACAAGAUAUUGCUGCUGCACAGCCUUGUUCUUGUUUUCGUAUCAAAAUAUUGGCUCUUAAGUCUCGGGUCCACAUUCGUACUAAGUCUGCAAUUGGCAAUGAGAGGAGAUUGGCACUCUCAAUUUCUUGGAAAUCUUUCUGUAUUGCGGAAAAAGUUAAAAAAUUUAACUCGGAGGGUGUUGGAGUACGGCAGGGUGGAUUGAUGAUUAAGGCAGUUGCUACCCUUGAAUCUACUUGUGUAACCCAGAAAAGUGAAGAGGUGAAACUUGAAAGAGUAUCAGAACGCUUGGGGGAUGGAUAUUGA